UUGAACAUCCUCUCAGAUGAUGAUGAAACCAAUGACUUCAUUAAUGCUAACUACAUUCCUGGCUAUAGUUCUGUGAGAGAAUACAUUGCUACCCAGGGCCCUCUGUAUUCUACAAUACCAGAUUUCUGGAAGAUGAUUUGGGAGCAGAAGUGUCAGAUGAUCAUCAUGUUGUCAGAUCUCACAGAGGGGGGAAAGAGAAAAGUUGACUUGUACUGGCCAGAGAAUCUGAAUGAGCCUAUCAAUUAUGGCAGUGUGGUGGUGGAGAUGACCAACUUCUCACAGCUCAACACGUACAUCAUACGUAACUUUAAACUCAUCAAGGGAGAGGAGACACGGAAGGUGAUCCACUUUUUCCUGCCUGGCUGGCCUGAUUACAGCGCUGACAUCAAAUUUGAUGAUGUCCUGGGAUUUGUGAAAGCUGUCAGACAAGAAGUAAAACCUGACAAUCAGGGACCAAUCGUUGUUCACUGCAGUGCUGGAGUUGGGCGUUCAGGAACUUUCAUAGCUCUGGAUUACUUUGCACAGUAUGUUGAAAAACACAGCCUGGAUGAUUCAGUCGACAUCUUUGACUUUGUGCUGCAGAUGAGGAAGAACCGAACUAGGAUGGUGCAGGUUGAGACACAGUACAUCUUCAUCUAUGACGGCAUCAACAAACUCAUUCAGAGCAAGAUCAAAUCUGAGCAGGAGAAGCUCUAUGAAAAUGUGAGCACUGGCAACGGUGUCUAUGAGAACUUUAAGCAACAGGAGGAGAAGCUCUAUGCAAACACUGAUGUGAAAAAUGACAAGUAUGUCUACAACAACGAGGCUUUUGCAGCAUAA